AUGGCUGAAAGACUGGUUCCUGUCAUAUCCCUCACAGGCUUUGAGCAACGCAAGGUUGAAAUCACAGCAGAGCUGAUAGAAGCGGCCGAGAAAGUUGGCUUCUUCACUUUGGUUGAUCAUGGCAUUUCGAAGGAAGAAAUCGAGGCCCAAUUUUCCAUUUCUAAGGCAUUCUUCGAUCUCCCAGCUGAGAAAAAGGGCAAGACUCCACAUGAUCCAAAAACUAAUAAUGGAUGGGAAUAUAAGGCCCAGUUGCGUCCAAGCACCGGCACAUACGACCAGAAAGAGUCACUUUGGCUGCAACGGAAUUCUGAGUGGCCAAGUGACAAUGAUGUACCGGGGUUUCAGGAUACGACCCGUGAGUUCAUGAAAAAAUGUGCUGAGAUUUCGGACCAAGUUUUAACGUGCUUUGCCCGUGGUCUUGGAUUUGACGAAAACUACUUCAAGAUAGCGAACGAUCCUUCUCAACCGGAUUGCCUGACUCAACUCCGACUAAUCCACUAUCCAGCGUCCGAAAAAGCUGUCGGAACAUGGAGGGCCGGAAGUCACACUGAUAUUGGAUGUCUUACUCUUUUAUUUCAGCGCGAUGGAGAAGACGGACUUGAAAUCUGCCCUGGCCGAGAAAGCCAUUCCAGUUUUGCAAGCGGCGAUAUCUUCACUCCGCUUCCCGCUGAAACAGGUCCUAUUGUCGUCAAUAUUGGAGACAUGCUCAUGGCGUGGUCAGAUGACCGUUUGAAAUCCAAUUUUCACCGAGUGCGGGCCAAAGACGAUGGCAUAUCGCCGUCUCGAUACUCAAUUGCGUAUUUCAAUCAAGGAAGACGAGACUUCGUCCUACAAGGACCACUGAAAAAAUAUUCCGCCAUAACCGUUGGUGAGUAUUUUGCCCAGUCGGUCGCUAAGAACUUCAGUCGGUCGAUGACAGCGGCUGUCUAA